AUGUACUAUCUCAAUUCAUAGGUCUUCUCCACAUACACACAAGUGAAAGAAAAACCAAUGGAGACGACGGUGCUGAGCUUGGCCAAGUCUGUGCUGAAUGGAGCCGUGGCUAAGGCGACAUCUGUCAUCACGGAGGAGGUGGCCUUGCAGCUUGGCGUCCGGAGAGAUGUUGCCUUCAUCAACGAUGAGUUUGAGAUGAUGCAAACUUUCCUGCUGGCGGCUGACGAGGAGCGGGGCGAGAAGAAGGUUGUUCGGACAUGGGUGAAGCAAGUACGAGAUCUUGGCUACGACGUGGAGGACUGCCUCCAGGACUUCUCGCUUCAUCUAGAGAAACCAUCUUGGUGGCGGUUCCCUUGCACCAUGCGGAAGCGCCGCAGUAUUGCCAAUGAGAUUAUAGAUCUGAGAGCCAGAGUGGAGGACGUCAGCCAUAGGAAUCUCCGUUACCGCCUCAUCGAAGAUCCCAACUCAAAGCCAACCACAGCUGCUGACAGGUACUUGUCCAGCACUGCUGCAGUAUUUGGCAUUGACGGAGCAAGACGUGCUGCGAAGCUGGAAAAUGACAAGGUGGACCUUGUUGACCUGAUCACCAAGGAUGAUAAAGAUCUUAGGGUUAUCACGGUGUGGGGAACAGGCAAUGAUCUUGGAAAGAUGUCGACCAUCAGGAAGGCUUAUGAGGAUCCCAAGGUAACCAAAAAGUUCAGAUGCCGUGCUUGGGUAAAGCUAGUAAAUCCUUUCGAUCCAGACGAGUUCCUGCGGAGCCUUGUGAGGCAGUUCUAUGGUAAUUCUGAUUUGAUUGGAACUCCAAAACAAGGAAGAACUAUGGGGGUUCACAUCUCCAAGAGCAUGGCAGCAGAAUGCGACAUGGAGAAUGAGUUUGAUAGGCAUGUCAACGAGAACCAAUACAUGAUUGUCAUUGAGGACCUGUCAACCAUAUCAGAGUGGGACUGGAUCAAACUGUACUUGCCCAACACGAACAAGGGGAGUAGAAUUUUAGUGUCAACGCAACAAAUAGAACUCGCAAGUUUGUGCGUUGGUCAGCCAAAUCAAGUAUCGGAGCUCAAACAGUUCUCGUCAGAUCAGUCCCUUUACAUCUUCUUCCACAAGGAGGGUAAUGAUCCGACUGAGACGUCACUGGAUACCCAACGGGGCCUGAAUGUGGCCGCUCAUGAAACAAUUACGGAACUAAUUUCUCAAGACCGUAAGACGCGUGAAGUAAUAUCCAUUUGGGGAUCAGAUAUUACUCAGAGAACGGCCCUCGUGAGAAGCAUUUACGAGAACCAAGAGCUUGAUGGCAAGUUUCAGAGGUGUGCCUGGAUCACUGUCCAGCAUCCUAUUGAUCAUGCUGUUCUCCUUAAGAGCUUAAUUCUUGAGCUGGAUGGAGAAAACCUAGAAGCCGAAGCUGAUAAAUUGGUUGAAGAGUUAGCCAGUCUUCUGAAAGGACAGAUGUACCUAAUUGUUCUUGACAAUAUAUCAACCAGCAUUGAGUGGGACUCAAUAGUAUCAUAUUUUCCGACAGAAGGGUGUAGAAGCAGGAUCAUAGUCACAACAGCUGAUGGAAGUGUUGCCAAGCACUGUUCAGAGAAACACGAGAACACUCACGAGCUCCAAGUUCAAGAAGAUGAUAUAGAGGCUGACUCAAACAAAAAGAAGGAGUUCAAAGCAAUUGGCCUUCAUUCCAGUUUCACCGAGUCGGAUUUAGAGUCAAACUCAAUUCUGGAGAGUGCCAAAGAUAACGGGGCAACAAUGGAAGAACCUGAGCUUAUUGGACGCGAGGAGGAGAAAUCUCGCAUCGUUGAAAUGUUACUUCGUCCAGAUGGUGGCAAUCAAUAUUGUCCUUUCAAUCCAGAUGAGUUCAAGAGCGGACUUGCUUUGCAGUUACAAUACCGUAAAAUACCCAAUAUAAUUGCCAGUGUGACAAGAGGCAGCAUCCAGAGUUACUCCAUAGAGGAAACAGAGCAAUUACUUGGAAGUGUCACAGAGAAGCUCCUUAUUGUGGUUGAUGGUAUAUCAUCGGAGGGUGAAUGGGACAUGUGCCAAGGCACUAGGUGCACCUACUAUGUUGGGGAUCCGGGUGCGUUCAACCAACGCCUCGCGGACCGUGCGCGCCUUUCGCCGUGGUUCGGCACUAAUGCAUACACCUCCGGCGCCAUCUUCUUGAUGGACGUGCCGUCUAACCACCUGUCCUCCCAGAAGAGGGCGGAUUCUCCGUUGCCUACCACCAUGGAGGUAGAGGCCGCGAAGACGUCCAACUCCGUCUUUGAGAAGUGCAUGUCUAGCCCACGCCAAGGUCGCAGGGGUUCAGUGCGCAUCCUCCAGAUCCACCUCACCCUUAGGCUGAUGGCGGUGCGUGCAAGGUCUGGGAUUCAUAGGGCCCCCAGCCGCAGGAGCCUACAAACCCGUGCCCAGUUGACGUGGCAAUGCCCACUGUUGGCAUCCGUCCUACCAGCCCCGAGGAAUCCUCGCAAGAUUUUGUUGAUCUGCUUUAGUGCUGUUUUGUGGAGGCCCAACACCAUCAGUUGGUGCAACGGGAUCGCUGCGGGGACUGAGCGUAUUAGCGCCAAGUGCCCCGCCCUGGGCAUCAUCGAUGCCCUCCAGGUGGGUAGCUUGUCAGCCGGACGUUCUAUCAGGGGCUGGAAUGUUGCAGCCGUCAGCUUCCUGAUAGCCAAAGGGAUGCCGAGGUAUCUCACCAGGAAAGGCGCUAGCUGGCACUCCAUGAAUUCAGCCGUGGCCUCAGCAUCCGAACAAGCGAUCGGGGAUACUGAAUAUUUAGCGAAGUUGGUGUGCAAUCCAGAGGCGUUCCCAAAGAGCUACAGGAUACCAUGCACAGCACGCAGUUCCGUCUCAUCUGGGUGGCAGAAAAUAACCACGUCGUCCGCGUAG